AUGUCAAGUUCUCAUCUUGCCGAUAGGAGCAAAGCGGGUUAUAUACUCGAGCUUUGGAUCUUGGAGUUGGGUCAUCGGAUCUUUGCAGACACAAUUGAGCAGCUUCACCAACCUGUUGCUGAUCAUAUUUACAUCAUACCUCUGUAUAAUCUUAUUGAGAAUAUGCUCCGGCUCAGUAAUGCUUCCUAUACUGUAACACCGUUUUUAGAGGAAUACAUCAAAUUUGCAUGUUUAUUACUGAUAUCUGUUUCUGAUCUUCGUAUAGGAUUAUCCGGAGUUGGUCAAAGACAUACAUACACAAUAUGUCAAUAUGUCGACUGUUUUCUGAAUACAACACCUAAAAAACUGGCGCAGAUUCAGUUAAAUAGCGAGGUCAGUAACAGCAGCGUACACGAUACAACCCUCAAAGUGUUGAAGAUUUUGCAGAACUUUUCUUGGGAUGUCAAGGUGGUGAUCGCAGUCGCAGCAGCUGCUUUGAUUUGUGGAUCCUCAUGGCUCCGCGAUCAACUUAAAGAUUCAAACUCCCUUGCAAUUGCACUGACACGAUUCAGGGAACAGCUAAGGGUGGAUGAAGGCGCUGACAAAAACCAGUUUGAUGCUACUGUUAAAUUAAUAACAGAAGCAUUAGAAGCCACCAAGUGCAUUCUUGAUUUUGGAGAGCUAGCAAAUAUAACUAAUAUCCAAGAUCCUGAUGCCGAGAAAGAGGUCAAGGAUGUAAUGAGGGAUUUUCCUAUAGCUGCUUAUUUGGUAAUAAGAAGUGCGGUUCUUGCUGCAGCACAUACGGCAAACAUGUCAUAUGAUUUAAUAUCAGCCACAGCUCAAUUGAAAAAGCUUGAAAAGAUCAGCUUGACCGGAGAUGCACUCAUCAAGUUCUUUAAAGAUGAUUGGAACUUUCAUGGUAAGCCUAUGGUUGUAGUGCUAGAUCCUCGGGGAAAAAUUGUGAACUCAAAUGCUAUCCAUAUGAUGUGGAUCUGGAAAAAUCAAGCUUUCCCGUUUAAUUGCGCAAGGGAGGAGGUGCUUUGGGAGCAGGAAACAUGGAGUCUUGAACUGCUUGUUGAUGCUAUUGAUCAAAAUAUUCUGCAAUGGUCCUCAUCGAUUGAAUGUUGCUUAUCAGAUCAGAGAAAAAAGUACAUUCUCUUGUAUGGAGGCGACGACCUGGAAUGGAUCAGACAAUUCACUAAUGAGGCACGAGCUGUAGCGCGAACCCUGCGAAUUCCUCUUGAAAUGGUCUAUGUUGGCGGGAGCCAUAACAAGGAGAACGUGCAGAGGAUUUGUGAUUCUAUAAUAAUGGAGCAGCUGAGCCACUGCUGGCAAGAACAGGACUCUGUUUGGUAUUUCUGGACAAGAAUCGAGAGCAUGAUCUACUCGAAAAUCCAACUAGGUAACCUUUAUGACCAUGCUGAUACAAUAUGGCAAGAGAUACAAAAGCUCCAUAGUCAUGACAAAUCACACAGCGGAUGGGUAGUGCUAGCCAAAGGCUCGAGAAUUGUUGUCCACGGCCAAGGUAAGGUGGCCAUGAAUACCCUUCAAGAGUUGGAGGAGUGGAAGAAACUAGCUAUAACAGACGGAUUUGAUGUGGGGUUCGGAAAUCAUUACAUGAAGCUUCAUAUGGAGGAAUAUCCAUGUCAUAGGAUUCAGUUUCCCUCUGGUAUGAGAAUUCCAAGAAGUAUGCCAUGCCCUGAUUGUCGUAGCCCUAUGCAUAUAAAUAAAUCUUUCCUCUGCUGCCAUGAAGAUCACAUUGCUGAAGCUGCCGAUGUUCUCGCUGCUGCAACUGAUCAGGUUGAUCAAUAUGAGGCCUAAAUAUAUAAAAUAUUUAGGGAUUUUUAACUUUUCUUAAAUUUAUAUACUACGUGUGAGCAUUACUA